AUGCACCGUAGUCUCCGCGGUCGGCAACCCCCACUUCGACUCGUACGUCCUCUCGGAGUCGAGUCUCUUCGUGUACCCCACCAAAAUCAUCAUAAAGACGUGUGGGACCACCCAGCUCCUCAACCAGUACCGGUGGACCUCAGCGUAGACGAUUCCUACACCGUCGAGAUCUGCAUGACCGAACUGGACCCCACCAUCGCCCGGAACUUUUUCCGGUUCGACGGGGGGAAACUAAACGGGGACUCGGCCGGGAGAGAGAUGACGAGGACUUCCGGGAUCGACAAAAUUGAUGGAAACGCCCUCGUUUGCGAUUACGCGUUCGACCCUUGCGGAUACUCGAUGAACGGGAUGAAUCUCGACCGAUACUCCACGAUACACGUGACGCCCGAGGACGGGUUCAGCUACGCGAGCUUCGAGUGCGUGGGGUCCUCUAGGGACGGGAAUGUUCUUGAGGUUUUGAAGAGGGUGGUCGGGAUAUUCGGGCCCGGGAAGAUGUCGGUGUCGACCACGGCAGGGCCCGGGGCCUCGAGGUGGAGUGCUUCCCGUGCUAAGCUCGGCUAUGCUCUUCUGGUCGAUCCAUCGACCCGUCAUGCCUUCAUGUCAACUCUGUUCGACCUGCCUGUAGCUCUGUUCGACCAACCAGUUUUUCCUUGCCCGAUUGAUAGGUUUAUCAGGACUAUUCGACUCGAUUCUUGCACUUCAAUUGAGGCCAAUACAUUUUCGGCCAGGAUGAGCUCUCCUUCCUCAUCUUCGACUUAUGUUCCUCUGUUCACUCAUUCUCCUACCCCCUCUUUGGAGCUCACCGUCCUUCUCAUCGAGCUCUUCAAUAGGUCAAUGAGCCUGAAUCUGAGGAGGAAGCCAACUCCCCUUGCUUUUUCUAUUUCCUCUACUCACAUCCAAACUGCUCCUUCGACCUCCCAAGCUGGCACGUCCAGGCAUUGCCUACCAAUUGGGAGUACAUCAUUCCUCGACCUUUGGAUGUGUACGAGCACCCCUCACCUGGUUGCUAUACCUUUUUCUAAAACCAGGUCUUUUCAUCGACCAUACUUGUCGAUGACCGAGUCCUAUUCCACCUCGGCCUCUUCAGAAGGCCGUAGCCUAUCUUGUCCGAAAAUGAGUUCGAGGACAACGUCCACCAAAGUGGCCACCCAAAACGCUACGUCACUGGUUAAAAAAUCCGAUGCUUCAGCUAAAGCCAAGGGGCACACAACUCCCCUCACCAAGCAGACUGACAAGCAGGGCGAUAAAACUUUGAAUGAAGAGGAAGUCGAGGUCGUUCCCCCUCCCCUCCGCUCUCUGGUUUACAACUCCGGCAGGUCGAUCAUCACUUCAUAUCUCAUGAAGGUCCUUCAUCUGGAGGACACCAAUCGAUGGGGCACCGACCUCAAGGAACAAUCUGACUACAUACGCUACCCAGGACAUUUCUCAGUCCCAAUGCUCGACCAAAAUAUGAGUGGCUCCGACCGCUCUAUUCAAGAGCUCGAAAAAGAUAAUCGGAGACUAUAUGAAGAGAACAAGAUGCUGCACAAUGAGAAAUUCGAUCUCAGACAGAAGUUGGCCCAGAAAGCUCUGGAUCGGGAGGUCACCCGAUGCAAGGUGGACGUAAAAAAUGAGUUUGUCACUAGUGCGUCGAGAGGUCGACAACACCUCUUCUUCCUGGUGAAGUGUUUCUUUGCUACUGUUGAGUUCUACAAGAUUGACCUGGAUAAGACCGAGAAGUAG